AUGGCCGAGGAGAGAGGCCAGAGUCCAGAAACCAGACUCUCGGGACAGGUCAGAGUCAGUGGUUUGGGCCAAAUUACUGAGCAUCUUUACAUCAGCAACGGCCGCGCAGCCAGAGAUCGCGCCGCCAUAACACGUUUAAGAAUCACCUGCGUGAUAAAUGCCACCCUAAAUAAUUUGAGCACACAUAUUCACCCCGUUGAGGUGGUCCGUGUACCUGUCCACGAUUCGCCCGACGUCCGGCUCAUUGAGCACUUCGACGCCGUUGCCGAUAAAAUACACCAGAUAAAAGAGCAAUGCGGACGGACUUUGGUCCACUGUAAUGCAGGGGUGAGCCGAUCCGCUGCUCUGUGCAUCGCAUACCUGAUGAAAUACUGCAACAUGUCCCUUCUGGAGGCCCACGGCCGGGUCAAAGCACAAAGACCUAUAGUUCGUCCGAACAGUGGCUUUUGGAAGCAGCUUAUUGAGUACGAGAACCGACUGUAUGGAAAAAACACGGUGCGAAUGAUCAGUUCUCCUGUGGGGGACAUUCCAGAUCUAUAUGAGAAAGAAACUAAGGACUUGAUACCAUACUGAUUUUUUAACUGCGUCAAGUACGUAUUUUAAGCCUGUAUGUCUGUAACGUUUGUCAUGUGAACAGUAU